AUGGCUGAAAAAUAUAAACUAAAAUCAAACGAGGAUUUUGGCGAUUGGGGAACAUUAUAUAAAGAUGUAUUAAACCAUUAUAAUAUAAAAUUCAUAUCAGAAUCACGGCAGACGGAUGUAGAGAUUUCUGAAAAUGCUUUGGUUGUUAAUCUCAACGAAUUUUUUGCAAAGCAAAAUAAUAAAAUUAAAGUAAACGUUAUUCGUAUUUAUGAAGAAUUUGAAGAAUUUGAAGAAGAAUUUGAAGAAGAAUUUGAAGAAGAAUAUGAAGAAGAAUUUGAAGAAGAAUAUGAAGAAGAAUUUGAAGAAGAAUGUGAAGAAGAAUUUGAAGAAGAAUGUGAAGAAGAAUAUGAAGAAGAAUAUGAAGAAGAAUAUGAAGAAGAAAUUUAA